GUUCGCGCGACCCGCCACACUGAUGUAUAGGCAGGGCUUCGGUUUAAGUCCCGCGGUACGUUCACGGCUUCGUUUCGUUCCGAGAGCAUCGUUUUCGAAUUCCGCCGUCUGCCGUUGGCAGGCGCCCCCAGAACCAGAUAAACCACCGGUACCGUACAAGAAGGGUUUUCAGUUUCAGGCCCGCCGCGUCAAACCGCCACCGCCCUUCCUAGGAGAGCAUAGCAAGGUUCGAACUAAGUUCUUUGCCGAUUUCCUCAAGCAAGCCCGCUUUCCGGGCCGCGACUUCCUCCAGACCACGACCUUGGUCGACUACUGCGUGUCGGCCGCUUCAAAACCGCUGCCUUGCGAAGAUCUGGGAGAGACGGCUGCACUCAAAGUGCUUCGGGAACUCUCUGUCGGAGAUAGUCCCUGGCGGGUCCGCGGCUCCCAGGUCGUCACUUGCAAGCGGCGAGGCCAUAAAGAAGCGCUUGUCGCCAAAAUCUAUGAUCCUCUCUAUUACCCCUUUGCCGACCCCGACUUCAGUUACAUACCAAAUGACGUCAUUGCGAGCGCGGAAGGCGACUUCACUCUUGAAUCCGCGGCCUACGCCCAGUUGGACAAGAGACUCGGCGGGAGCCUUAUACCCAAAUUCCAUGGAUCAUGGCUCCUCGAACUCCCGCUCAAGCGAAUCAAUAGACCUGUUGGCUUCAUCCUCAUAGAGUACUUGAAGGGCGUGCAUUUAAAGAACCUGAAUCCAAAGCUUUACACGCAACAGGAGCGUCUUCGAGUCCUUGAGCUAUGCAUGGAAGCAGAAAUCGAACUGCGCUUCGCCGGCGUAAUCCAUGACGACAUCGCACCCCGCAACAUCAUCUGCUCCGGCAGAUACUUCCUGGCCCGAGAUUUUCAAGUCAAGAUCAUCGACUUCAAUUUCGUUGAAAUCCUCCCGUUGCUUGAGGGCAAGGCGCCCUACGAGUCAGAGCCGUUGCCGGAGUCACCCGUCGAGUUGUUUUGGAACUCCCCGUCUGACGAACUGGUGGUCUGGCUGCCCGAAGGUUGGGGGAAGUCUGAAUGGAACCGGUGGCUGAAAGAGAUGUGGGGUACCUCGACGAGGUUCAUGCCCGUGCCGGAGGAUCUGCUUCAUGAGUGAGAAGAAGAAUGGGAACAAGCAGCUGUUUUCAAAUGAAUGGCAGUGCUCUGGGACUUGUUAGAAACCGUUUGUCAUCGUUCAUUAUCAGUGUUGGGGUUGGAGAAGGAACACGAAGGAGCGUGGAUGCUGUCGAACGGCAAUGAAAAAUGGAAUCACGAUAGAGAGAUACGGAUCUAAUUAUGCGUUGAAACAUAUACGAGGGCCAACCCAGUUUGGUUUCUCGC